UGCACUUCCCAGCCCAGACAAAAACUGGCUUAGGAACACACCCACAUACUAUACAAAACUGACCUGUUAUCAUGAUACUACUAAUAUUAAAAGAUAAAGGGAAACACACCACAGGAAGCUUGGCUAUUUUCUGCGUUCUCUGUGCUCGGAGGCUCGGCAAUUUCUGCCUGCCCAAUUCGAAAGAACCGGCAACUUCUGCGUGCGAACCGGCGAUUUCGGCGUUAGACAAGCUCGGCGAUUUCGGCGUUCUCUGUUCUCUGAAGCUCGGCGAUCUCUGGAUUCUCUGCGAUUCCCAGUUCGGCGAAUUGAAGGUCUUAGGGUUUAACUCCUUCGUAACUAGUAAGGCUUAAGGCGGCCUGUGACCCAGUGUAUUUAGUACGGAGUAUUUACUAAAAAUUAAAAAUAAUAUUGAAGUUUAAAAUAAACGGUCCGAUCCGAAUCCAAAAUACUUUUAAAAUUGGGAACUAACUCAUUGGUUCGAGUUACGCGGGUAAUUCAAAACAUUUAAAGUAACUUAACUAAAUCGGUAAGUUACUU